UCCAGAAAUUGUGAUAUCAUAUUAUCUGUGCUUUAUGCUUUCUCUGCAAAUAUACUGACAACACACUCCAUAUAUGACAGAGCAGGGGCGGACUGACAACUCAUGGGGCCCCCGGGCAAUAGGGGAUCAUGGGGCCCGUGUCCUUGUCUAAACUCAAAAAAGCCUAUGGAAAAGGUACCAGGGGCAUAUCAUGGGGCCCCCUACUGACCCCGGGCCCUCGGGCAGUGCCCGAGUUUCCAAAUGGUCAGUCCGUCCCU